UGGGAAAUAAGGGGAGCCUGCUUGUCAAACCAGUCGUCCGCAAAGUCUGCGCUCUGUGUGCUUCCUGAGUUAAAGUCACGCCUACGGACUGGCCGCCUCCUUUCUUUUUCGCUCUUUACCGCUAUCUCAUUUCGACUGCCACUCCUUGCUCUUUCCUCUCCGCGUCCCCCCACCCUGUCUGUCGUGGUUCGUGCCAGUCCUAGUUGAGUCUUAAGUCCCGGGAAAGAGACCCUGCGCGGACUGGAGAGCCGUUGAAUUUUGCCGUCGAACUCCCAAUUUCCUCUUUCGCAAUGCCUCUUCGUGCCUCCCUCGGCUCCGUUUUUAUCUUCCUUUUACCCUCGCCUUGAAUUUCAGAAUGACUUUUACAGAUCCUGUAUCCGUAGGUCCUCCCCUCAACCCCCGCCCAACCUAGCCUGGAGACCCGAGUCAUUGUAUUCUGGAGAGCGGGCGGGUGGUGGAUACGUACUAUCAGCCCCGUGCCCUGGAGAAACAUGCUGACAGCAUCCUGGCACUGGCUUCAGUAUUCUGGUCCAUCUCUUAUUACUCCUCUCCCUUCGCCUUCUUCUACUUGUACAGGAAAGGUUACUUGAGUUUGUCCAAAGUGGUGCCGUUUUCUCACUAUGCUGGGACAUUGCUGCUACUUCUGGCAGGCGUGGCCUGCCUCCGAGGCAUUGGCCGCUGGACCAACCCCCAGUACCGGCAGUUCAUCACCAUCUUGGAAGCAACGCAUCGGAACCAGUCUUCAGAAAACAAGAGGCAGCUUGCUAACUACAACUUUGACUUCCGGAGCUGGCCAGUCGACUUCCACUGGGAAGAACCCAGCAGCCGGAAGGAGUCUCGAGGGGGCCCUUCCCGCCGGGGUGUGGCCCUGCUUCGCCCAGAGCCCCUGCACCGGGGAACAGCAGACACCCUCCUCAACCGGGUUAAGAAGCUGCCUUGUCAGAUCACCAGCUACCUGGUGGCGCACACCCUGGGGCGCCGGAUGCUGUAUCCAGGCUCUGUGUACCUGCUCCAGAAGGCCCUCAUGCCUGUGCUGCUGCAGGGCCAGGCCCGACUGGUGGAAGAGUGUAAUGGGCGCCGGGCAAAGCUGCUGGCCUGUGAUGGCAAUGAGAUUGACACCAUGUUUGUGGACCGGCGGGGGACAGCUCAGCCCCAGGGACAGAAGCUGGUGAUCUGCUGUGAGGGGAAUGCUGGGUUUUACGAGGUGGGCUGCAUCUCCACACCCCUGGAAGCUGGAUAUUCAGUCCUGGGCUGGAAUCAUCCAGGCUUUGCUGGAAGCACGGGAGUGCCGUUCCCGCAGAAUGAGGCCAAUGCCAUGGAUGUGGUGGUCCAGUUUGCCAUCCACCGCCUGGGCUUCCAACCCCAGGACAUCAUCAUCUACGCCUGGUCCAUCGGUGGCUUCACUGCCACGUGGGCCGCCAUGUCCUACCCAGAUGUUAGUGCCGUGAUCCUGGAUGCCUCCUUUGAUGACCUGGUGCCCUUGGCCUUGAAGGUCAUGCCAGACAGCUGGAGGGGCCUGGUGACCAGGACCGUGAGGCAGCAUCUCAAUCUAAACAAUGCGGAGCAGCUGUGCAGAUACCUGGGUCCUGUACUGCUGAUCCGGAGAACCAAGGAUGAGAUCAUCACUACCACGGUUCCUGAGGACAUCAUGUCCAACCGAGGCAAUGACCUCCUGCUGAAGCUCCUGCAGCAUCGGUAUCCCCGGGUGAUGGCAGAGGAGGGUCUUCAAGUGGUGAGGCAGUGGUUGGAGGCCUCCUCACAGCUGGAGGAAGCCUCAAUUUACAGCCGAUGGGAGGUGGAAGAGGACUGGUGUCUGUCUGUCCUCCGCUCCUACCAGGCAGAACACGGGCCUGACUUCCCCUGGAGCGUGGGGGAGGACAUGAGUGCAGAUGGACGGCGGCAGCUGGCUUUGUUUCUGGCUCGGAAGCAUCUGCACAACUUUGAGGCCACUCACUGUACCCCACUCCCAGCCCAGAACUUCCAGAUGCCCUGGCACCUCUAGGGACCACACUGGGACUCAUUAUGGAAGAAUGGGGUGAGAGGAGACAUGAGGAAAGACUCCCUUAUUUGUGAUUCUCUGUGUUCAUGUUGCUGUUUAUAGUUUGUGGAAAGUGGGGGACCAUCCCCCUUCUCACCACUGUUCCUCUUGCUCGUUUCCCCUCAUUCAUGUGGCUAUACUUAACCUUCUCCAACAUACAUCUUGCAUUACAUGAAUGAAUUAUUCCUAAUAAUAAAAAGGUAUUUUUUCUACUA